AUGGCGGAGUGUGGAAGGAGGGGACUGUCGCUGCUCGAGGAGGCGCGAUCUCGCUACGAGAGCCUGCAGAUUUCCGAUGAUGUGUUCGGGGAGUCAGGCGACGACAGCAGCGAGAACCCCUUCUACAGUACCACCGGAGACUCCAAUUCGGAUAACUACCCGGAGACGAAUGCGGACGAUGCGAGAGUCAAUGAAACUCGAAGUCAGAGCUGCGUUCCUCCCGGCUCUGUGUCUAGCGGGCAGGCGCAGGAGGAGGGAUGGGGCGAUACGCUGCGGGACCUCAGCCUGCCUCACUACCAGGACACGCACGGUCCAACACAGAAAAUGUCAGCCACCGCUACAGCCAUGGACUUCUUCCAGCUGUUUGUACCGGACAACGUCAUUCAGAACAUGGUGACCCAGACCAACAUGUAUGCCAAGAAGUUCCAGGAGCGUUUCGGCAGUGAUGAAGGCUGGACCAACGUGACACUUGCAGAAAUGAAAGCAUUUCUAGGCUACGUUACAUCUACUAGCGUGAACCGCUGUGAGUCGGUGUUAAGCAUCUGGAGCAGUGGUUUCUUCAGUAACCGCAGCAUCGCGCUCAAAAUGAGCCAGGCGCGCUUCGAAAAGAUCCUCAAAUACUUCCAUGUUGUAGCCUUCCGCUCCAGCCAGGGUGGCAGUCAAGGCCUCUACAAGAUCCAGCCCUUCCUGGACUCUCUUCAGCAGAGCUUCAGCUCUUCCUUCAGGCCCUCGCAGACACAGGUCCUCCACGAGCCCUUGAUUGACGAGGAUCCCGUGUUCAUCACCACAUGUACAGAGCGAGAGCUGCGCAAGAGGAAGAAGAGGAAGUUCAGCCUGUGGGUUCGACAGUGCAGCUCCACUGGCUUCAUCUGUCAGAUCUAUGUCCAUCUGAAAGAAGGUCCUGGUCCAGAUGGUUUGGACACGCUAAAGAACAAACCGCAGCUUCACAGUCUGGUGGCCAAACAGCUCUGUCAGAAUCUGGCCGGCCGCAAUGCCAUCAUCUUCACUGGACCGAGCAUCACGAGUCUAAACUUGUUCCAAGAGUUUGAGAAACAGGGCAUCUACUGCUGCGGGCUGCUGAGCAUCAGGAAGAGUGAUUGUACAGGCCUUCCACAGUCAAUGCUGAUCAAUACAGAGGCUCCACAGCAGCGUGGCCAGUCUCAUGUUAAGAUGAGAGGAAAUAUGUCCAUAAUCAACUGGUACAACAAAGGCAACUUCAGGUUUCUCACUAAUGCCUACUCUCCUACUAAAGAAGGUGUGAUCAUUAAGAGGAAGAGUGGAGAAAUCCCAUGUCCCCUUGCUGUGGAGGCCUUCGCUGCACACCUGAGUUACAUCUGCAAAUAUGAUGACAAGUACAGCAAGUAUUUCAUUUUCCACAAGCCCAAUAAGACCUGGCAGCAAGUGUUCUGGCUGACCAUCAGCAUUGCCAUCAACAAUGCCUAUAUCCUCUACAAGAUGUCAGACGCCUACCACGUUAAGCGCUACAGUCGAGCGCAGUUCGGCGAGAGGCUGGUCAAAGAGCUUCUGGAUAUGGACGACUGCUCACCCACUCAAUGA